AUGGCUUUACAAACCAAACUCAAGAAACCUAAUUCUCAUUUUAGCCUUUGCACUUUCCUCUUCUUCACCGUCCUCUUUACCAUCCCGGCUCUCUUCCUCCUCCGCACCUCUUCUUGCUCAUCAUCCACCGCCGCAGUCUCCUCCUCUGACACUAACCAGCCACCGUGGUCCGGUGAUCUCCUAACAGCCCAAUUUGCAUGGAACCGCCUUGCUUUCUCCUUAACCAACCCUCCUCCCAAAACCCUCAGACUCGCAGUUUUCUCCCGGAAAUGGCCCACCGGGCCCAAUCCCGGCGGCAUGGAACGCCACGCCUUCACUCUCUACACUGCUUUAGCUCGUCGUGGCCACCGCGUCCACGUUUUCACCUCUCCCUUAGACUCUUCCCCUGAAACCAACAAAAUCACCCCUGUUUCCGACCAAACCCUUAACCCUACAAUCCAUUCCCACGGCGACGCAGAGCCCGGAAAAUGGCGGUACAACAAAGCAUGGGAGCUUUACCAAGAAGAAAACCGGAAAGAACCUUUUGAUGCGGUUCACUCCGAAAGCGUGGCAUUACCGCAUUGGAUCGCCCGAGAUGUUCCAAACCUAGCCGUCUCGUGGCACGGCAUAGCACUCGAGAGCUUACAAUCAAGCAUUUACCAAGACCUAAUCCGUAAACCAGACGAACCAAGGUCGCAAGGGUUCAAUGCAAGCUUGUAUGGUGCCGUGAUUCCCAAGAUACUCGAUGAAAUCAGAUUUUUCCACAACUACGCUCAUCACAUCGCAAUCAGCAACAGCUGCGGGGAAAUGCUAAGAGACGUUUACCAAAUCCCGGAGAAAAGAGUUCACGUGAUCCUCAACGGAGUCGAUGAAAACGGAUUCACAUCAGACAAGAAGCUACGCUCUCUGUUUAGGUCAAAACUAGGGCUACCGGAAAACUCAUCAGCUAUCGUUCUAGGAGCCGCAGGGAGAUUAGUCAAAGACAAAGGGCAUCCAAUUCUCUAUGAAGCUUUCAAGAAACUAAUCGAGACGUAUUCAAAUGUUUACCUCGUGGUAGCUGGAUCAGGGCCAUGGGAGAACCGUUACAAGGAAUUAGGGGAAAAAGUUUCCAUUUUGGGAUCUUUAAAUCCAAAUGAGCUCAAGGGCUUUUACAAUGGUAUCGAUUUGUUCGUGAAUCCGACGCUUAGACCACAAGGUCUUGAUUUGACGUUAAUGGAAGCGAUGUUGAGUGGUAAACCGGUGAUGGCGUCAAGGUAUGCGAGCAUAAAGAGGAGUAUUGUGGUGAAUGAUGAGUUUGGGUUUAUGUUUGCGCCGAAUGUUGAGGCUUUGACGGCGGUUAUGGAGGUUGCGGUGGCGGAAGGAGCGGAGAGAUUGGCGGAGAGAGGGAGGAAAUGUAAAGAGUACGCGGCGGAGAUGUUUACGGCGAGUAAGAUGGCUUUGGCUUAUGAGAGGCUCUUUCUUUGUAUUAAGGAUCAGAGGUUUUGUAUCUACCCCUAA